AUGUCGCAGCUCCAGAACUUCGAGACCAUGUUCUCCCUCGAGGGCAAGACGGCCCUCGUCACGGGCGGCUCCCGCGGCCUGGGCCUGCACAUGGCCACCGCCUUCCUGCGCGCCGGCGCCGCCCUCGUCGUCGUCACGGCGCGCAAGCUCGAGGGCGAGCAGGGCAUCAGCCAGGCCGUCGACAAGCUCAACCGCCUGCCGGGGAUCCGCGGCAAGGCCGUCGGCGUCGCCGCCAACGUCGGCGACUCCCAGGGCAUCGAGAGGCUCGUCGCCGAGGUCAAGGCGCUCGUCGGCGGCCGGGGGCUCAACAUCCUCGUCUGCAACGCCGGCGCCUCGUGGGGCUCGCGCUUCGAGGACGCGCCGCCGCACAGCUCGGUCAAGAUCCUCGACCUCAACGUGCGCGGCGUCUUUGAGCUCACGCAGAAGGCCCUGCCUCUGAUGGAGCAGGCCGGCACCCAGGACGACCCCGCCCGGCUGCUCAUCAUCUCUUCAACCGCCGGCGUCAACGUGCCUCACGUCGGCGAGAACGGCACCAUCAUGUACUCGGCUUCCAAGGCCGCUGCCCACCACCUGGGCAGGAACUUUGCCAUCGAGCUGGGGCCCCGGCACAUCACGUCCAACGUCAUCGCGCCCGGCUUCUUCCCCUCCAAGCUGGCCAAGGGCCUCAUCAACAACCUCGGCGGCGAGGAGAGCCUCAGCAAGGACAACCCCCUCGGCCGGCUCGGCAAGCCCGAGGACAUCGCCGGCCUGGCCAUCUUCCUCUGCUCCCCGGCGGGUAGCUAUGUGUAA